AUGCGUUACGUCAACUCGCGAUACGUCAGUCCGCCUGAAGGCAUUUGGCGGAUGUUUUCUUAUGAAAUGCAUAAGAGAAGUCACACUAUUGUAAGACUUCCAGUCCACCUGGAAGAUCUUCAUACUGUGUACUUUGCUCCUGGACGUGCUGAAGAACGGUUACACAACGCUAACCAGCGCCGUACAAAACUAACGGAGUUCUUUGCGCUCAACACAAACGACGUGGGAGCAAGACAGUACCUGUACCACGAGAUACCGGUACAUUAUACUUGGAACCAAGCAAACAGGACAUGGUCGCGGAGACAAAGACGCAAGGCCAACGAAACGUUAGCUCGGAUGUACGCCGUUAGCCUGAUGGAUCAGCACCGAUUCCACCUGCGACUGUUACUUCUGCACCGGAGAGGCCCACAGUCUUUGCGAAACAUAAGAAUGGUCAACGGGAUCGUGCACGAGACAUACGGGGCUGCGGCAAUCGAGCUGGGUCUCAUAGAGGACGACCGAGCGUGGCAUGCGUGCAUGGAAGAGUCUGCGGCGUUGGACACCCCUGAGCAGCUUCGGUAUCUCUUUGUCACCAUACUGGCGCACUGUCAUCCAGCGGAAACGCUGAGGCUCUGCACGAGCUACGAGGAUUGCAUGAUGGAAGACUUCAAUCGCCGUUUGCAAGUCGUCGAUCGCGCAAGCGCGGCGACUCUCGACGCAAUUGAAGGCCUACUUCGAGUACACGGAAAAACGCUCGACGACUACGGUUUGCCCAACCCUGAUGUCCGUCUACUAGAACCAGAGCAGGACGAUCAACUGUUCCGUGUCGUAGACGCGGCGGCUCGGUGGGCACAACAAGUGGCCGACAUGAAUAACGAACAGAGAACAGUGUUCGACCGUGUCAUGGAGGCA